CGAGAUCGUGCCAUUGUGCGUGGGAGGACCUGCGCGCUGCUGAAAUCAAAACCCAGGCACUGGGAACUGACGUUCACCAAAGCGGAUUGUCAUCUGCACUGACUGCACAGACGUGUAUAAACAGCGAACGUGUUUUGGGCCAUGUCGUGACCGUAUAACCCCCUCCCCUGUCGCCGUGUCGUGCGCGAUCAGCAGAACAACAUGCCUUGCAGAGAAGUUAUUACAUUGCAGCUCGGACACUACGCAAAUUUUGUGGGCUCUCAUAUUUGGAAUUUGCAAGAAGCCUGCUUCUCAUACAAGCCAAAUGACAAAACGAUACCCCUAGAGUUUGCUCACGACAUCUUUUACCGUGAGGGAAAAAACCCCAAGGGUAAUGCGACGUACACUCCACGUCUUCUCAUCGCUGACUUACGAGGCAGUUUAGGAAACCUCAAAACAACUGGUUGUCUUUAUGACCCUCCGCCAUCAUCAGCCAAUGAAGCAAUUGCCUGGUCUGGUAAAGUCACUAUCCACAAGGCUGAACCAGAGACGAAGGUUCCAAGUGGCUCCAGAGACAAAGAUGUACAAUGGUUCCCAGCUGACCAGGACAAAGAUGUUUGCAGAGUGGGCCCCACACACCAGUCGAGCAGGCAGGUGGAAUCUAAAAAGGAGCCUGUACAGCUGUGGUCAGAGUUUCUCAGUGUCCAGCUACACCCUCGAACAAUUCACCUGACUACACGCUAUCUACACAACAAUCCAGAUGACCCCUUUGACCUGUUUGGGAUAGGAAACCAGUGUGUAGAAGAUCAUGAGUGGCGGAACAGUUUUAUGGAUGAUGUGCGCUGGUUUGCAGAAGACUGCGAUUCCCUUCAGGCUUUCAACAUUCUUCUUGAUGGCCAUAAUGGUUUUACUGGUUUGACUAGCAGCCUUUUAGAGAUCCUUCGCGACGAUUACCCAAACAAGUCCUUUUUCUGCUGGCCUCUGUUCCAGCCUCUCUAUAACAGCAUCAACGAAGGGCGGGUUGCAGUUGACAUGGCACACCGUCACUUCAACACAGUCAUGUGCUACCACAGCCUCAACAAACUGUCUUCAGCUUUCUGUCCACUGAGUGUAUCUAGCAGCCACUUUCAGCCCCUUCUACGGGACUUCAAGCAUCUAAAGUUUGCAGGCGACCUGCUUCCCUAUGAUACUAGUGGUGUCCUUGGCCUGGUCCUUGACAAUUUCAUGUGUGCUCUCAAGCUGAAAAGCCAACCUCUGGAAAUGCCCGAGCUCAUUGGCCAGCUCUGCAGCCCCAGCAAAAAGCUAUGUGCUCUGGGAAUGGGCCUGCCCCUUGGCCUUGGCGAGCUCCAGCUGCUAGCCGACUGGACCCAAGGCAGCAGCCUUGUAAUGCUCACCCCAGGAGCCUGCAACCCUGCUCCGUCAGCCAUGAACCUGGCUGUGGUGCGAGGGUGCACCACUAACAUGGUGUCCAAAUCGCCACGUCGGGUACAGGAUCCCAGUGAAGUGCUUUGGAGAUUUGCAGAGCGCAUAUGCGAAGGAUCCCUUACGUGGUUGAGGCAAGUUGAAAACCCUUCCCGCAUCGGCUCGUAUGGCUUCCCAGACAUCUUUGGACCAUUUGUAACUUCAACUGGCCUUAUUUCUUGCCAAGCCAGAGGUGCACAAACUGGUGUUGACCACGUUCCCUCAGUGACGUGUCUGCAGAAUGGAUUGGCAGCCAGCGAUGUGGUGUCUGAAGUGGUGCAGCGAGGCAGACAGCUAGACUUGGGACGCUUUCACCGUUGUGUAGUUGCUGGGACUGAGCCAGAUUUGUAUCGUGAAGCUCUUCACAGUGUGCAAGAACUGGGAAGCAGCUGAAGACCUCCUGUUUGAGCUGUUGUCUUACUGUGAUUGUCGAACGAAAAGAAAAAGAAAUGGAAAUAG